CAAGAACUCAUCAAGAACAUACCAAGAAGUUAGACAAGAGAAGCUAAUAGCUAUGGCAGGAGGAGGAACAGAAGCGUUUCCUGAUCUUGGAGAACAUUGCCAAAACCCUGAUUGCAAAUUACUCGAUUUCCUCCCUUUUACUUGCGACGGCUGCAAACUGGUGUUUUGUCUAGACCAUAGAUCAUACAAGUCUCAUAACUGUCCUAAAUCCGACCACGGGAGCAGAACGGUUUCAAUAUGUCAAACAUGUUCUAUAGCGAUUGAAACAACAGGUUUUGACGAAGAAGGAAUCAAAUCAUUGCUUGAGAAACACGAAAAGUCAGGAGAUUGUGAUCCGAACAAGAAAAAGAAACAAACGUGUCCUGUCAAACGUUGUAGAGAGGUUUUGACUUUCGCGAACAACCUUACUUGCAAAGAUUGUGGAGUCAAGUUCUGUUUGAAACAUAGGUUUCCGACAGAUCAUGUUUGUAACAAGAAGACCGUUACUAAUUCAGGAACAAGCUCGAGGUGGAACGAGAAGUUUAUGGAAGCUUUGAGUUUGAGAAACGAGAAAAGUUGUGGAAGAGGAAGCUCUGUUAAUUCAUCAAGAUCUUCGCCAUCAGUUAGAUCCUUUUAGUUUUUUUUUAUUCUCUUGUUAUAAUUUGCAUCAACCAAAUCAUUCUAUACUUUCUCAUGUAUUAACACAAUUAUUGAUAUGACAUUUGUGUUUCAGAGAGUCAAA